AUGCAGCCGACGAGGAAUUUUGUCCCCCCAAAGCCACAGGUUUUAACUCUGGCACUGAACAUGCUGGAGCGAGUUGGCCUCUGGGGUGACAAACGUGUUCGAUAUAAAUGUGCUCUUAUGGUGUUCUACAUUGUUGCCAUUUGGGUUGGUCCGAAAAUUGUUCUUGGAUCCGGAAAAAAUACAACCGCAUCGGUCAUCCGAAACCUGUCGGAGAUUAUAUUUUCGUCGGAAAUUAACGUUACUUUCGUGAUGUUCGCCGCUAAGAAUGGUACUUUCAGCAAACUUGUGGAUAGUUUGGAAAGAAUUUUAAAUGACAAGUGGCCGAAGCAUUUGGCGGAUGAAAUCGAAUCGUUCAAUCGACGGAUGGAAAAGAUUUCGAAAUUCUACUUUCUUUACAUGACCGCUCUGGUGGUAAUUUAUAAUCUCGGUCCCAAUCUUUCCAAUCUUGUUAAAGUGAUUCUGUUUGACGAAGAUAACCGAAGCGAUUUUACCAUGAUUUACGAAAUGCAAUUCUACUGGUUGAACAUCCGAAGAAAUUCGUGGCAUUAUUUCAUUUAUGCCGGAUUUUGCGCCCCAGCGACGAUGAUUUGCACUUUCGUCGUCGCAUUGAAGGGAUCCUUGUUUCAGGUAAUAAUCUUGUACGGCUCCAAACUGUUUGAUCUAGUGUCAAAACGAAUCGAGACCAUGGCCAACUUGAUCGACGAGGAAGAACGCCGCAAGGAACUUCGUGAAAUUGUACAGCUGCAUCAGUUGGCGUUGGAAUAUUUGUCAUAUCUGGAGAGCACCAUGAAUUUGAUUCUGAUAAGUCAAAUGAUGGGCUGCCUCUUCGUGCUGUGUCUGGUAUUGUUUUAUGUUACUUCGAAUUUUGGAGUAGAUGCCAUCAAUAUAUGGAUUAUGUUGUUAGUGCUGCUGAUCGAAAUGACAAUCUACUGCUUCAUCGGAACUGAUUUAAGUGAAAAGGCUGCCGAAGUAGGACACGCCAUGUACCGUUAUCCCUGGUACAAAGAUCCCGUCGAUAUGCAAAAAUCGGUCCAACUGAUCAUUCAACGGGCACAGCGACCAGCCGGAAUUACUGCGGCAAAGUUCUACUUCGUUAAUGUUCAAAGAUUGGGCCUGACGAUCCGAGCUGCUUUCUCGUAUUUCCUGGUACUGAAGGAUGUAUUCUAA